AUGGAUAUGAUUGAGGCACACAUUCCUAUCAAGGGAGAGGUUAAGAAGUUGUAUCCUGAAAAAGAAUCAAAGUUUACUAUUGUUAAAUCAGAUGAUCAAUGGGCUCAGAUCCUUUUUGAGUCAUCAGGAAUGGGUAACUAUUUCUUGCAUGCUGAUGAUGAGGUAGAUAUUGUUCCUGAGAUUGAAGGUGUCUUUUCCCAUAAAGAGUUUGAUAACACAAACAACACUAUUGAGUAUGAAUCACCUCUUCUGGGAAUGAAUGUUUCUCAGAAGAAGGGAAUAAAGAACUUGCAUGCUCAAGGAGAUAUGGAGUUAAUUGUGUAUCAGGCAGAGAUUGAGGAUAGACUUGGGGAAGAGAGCCAAAGGAGGAGAGGGGGUGAAGGAGAUGAGGGUGGAGAUGAGGGGGGUGGAGGAGCUAGGGUAGGAGAGGAGGGAGGAGAUGAGGGAGGAGGAGACAAGGACAUAUACAUUGGUGGAGACAUCAAGUCUACUAGUAGCGAAGAUGACAAUGAUUCAUCAGGGUCAUCAAGUAGCAAGGAUAGUGAUGAUGAUGAUGAGAUGCUGGAGUUGGAGGAUGUGCCUACUGUAGAGGGUGGGGGGGACAGUAGUGGCAGGGUUGGGACGGGCAGCGGGGGCCACAGCGGCGGUAGGGCCAGGCCGGGCAGCGGGGGCUGCAGGGAGGUUAGCAGUGGUAGGGUUGGGUCAGGCGGUGGUAGGGUUGGGGAGAAACAGCGAAGGCAGGCCAUGAGAUGA